CGAUACAUGCUACAUGCAUUUAACCUUCAUUGUACAUUCAACCGUAUAUAACAUAACUAAAUUCAACCGCAUUUAUAAGCGAACACAUGACAUAAUUGUUGAGUGUAUCUUCUUAUGGGACAUCAUAUAAGAUUAAAGUUAUAUUUGAAGUGUUUCGGAUACUUGGAUAUCAGUUAAAAUGCAGUUUCUGCUUCGCUGCAUGCUUAAGAGGAGUUACAGCUACCCUGCAAAUAUACAGAUCAGAAACUACCGUCAGUUCAAAGAAACAUAUCGCCACGUGCACCAGAUAGAAAACCGUCGUUUCUUGCAGUCGCUGGAAUCUUCAGAGAAAAUAUUUAGAAGCCCGAGGCCGUCAUUAGAACUACCAGAGAUUUCCUUAAGUGAAUACAUGUUUUCUCGAUUCUCAAAGUUUGGAAAUGGAAAAGCUCUUGUGGACGAUGCAACUGGCACUGUAUACACUUACUCGCAGCUAGAGGAUCUCUCAAGAAAGGUUGGCAGUUUCUUGUACAGGAAAGGGCUCCGGAAGAAUGACGUCAUCUGUUACUAUGGCACCAACAACGCAGAGUUUUGUCUUCUGUUGCUAGGAUGCGCUUCUGUUGGUGUUGUCUUGACAACGGCUAAUCCUGCAUACACGUCUGGAGAACUGAAGAGACAAAUGGAACAUUCGGGCACGAGGACGCUGGUAACAAUUCCACCGCUUGUAACAAAAGCACAGCAAGCAGAUAUCAGCGAUAUUAUAGUUAUAGGCAAUGUCGAUAACUGCCAACCAUUUUCCGACAUGUUAGCCGACGACGGCAGGUGUUUCCCGACAGAUAUCACAAUCGAUCCGCACGAAGAUAUCGUCAUAAUGCCGUAUAGCAGUGGUACCACAGGGCUUCCUAAAGGCGUCAUGCUGAGCCACUAUAAUGUGGUAUCAAAUCUUAAACAGCACCAACAAGCGUUUAGUACCACUACAGAUGACACAAACUAUGCGGUGCUUCCAUUUUACCACAUUUAUGGAAUGGUUAUUUCGAUGUGUGGUACUUUACAAGACGGUGGUUUAUUGGUUAUAACCCCUGGGUUCCAUCCAGAAGGAUUCUUAAAGGCCAUUGUGAACUAUAAGGUAACACAGCUUCAGAUUGUACCACCGAUAUUAUUAUUUCUCACGCACCAUCCUGCGGUGGACAAGUAUGACCUCUCUCCUAUAAGCAACAUAGUAUGUGGUGCGGCCCCGCUAGGAGAGGCGAUUACGACUGAGUUCAUGAACAAGAGGAAUAAAAUCGUAAAACAAGAUUAUGGUAUGACAGAGGCCUCUCCAAUGGUUGCUUUAGAUUAUGAUUCAAUAACUGUUGGGUCUGCUGGACCAUUGCUUGCAGACACAGAAGUAAAGUUUAUAGAUCUAGAGACCGGAAAGAGUCUAGGACGUAACGAGACCGGAGAAGUGUGUGUUAGAGGUCCUCAAGUAAUGAAAGGUUACCGCAACAAUGCAACGGCCACAAAAGAAAUGAUAGACGCUGGCGGCUGGUUACACACAGGUGAUAUUGGAUAUAUGAGGGACAACGAAUGUAUUGUGAUAGCUGAUCGUUUGAAAGAGUUAAUCAAGUUUAAAGGACAACAAGUCGCGCCUGCAGAACUAGAAGACUUGUUGCACAAACAUCCCGCUGUACAAGAUGUAGUAGUGAUUGGCAUGCCAGAUGACCGAGCUGGAGAGCUUCCACGGGCAUAUGUUGUGUUAAAACCCGAAAUUUCAGUUCAUGCGCAUGAUCUUAUGAAAUAUGUGGAACAAAAUGUUUCAGACUACAAGCGUCUGAGAGGUGGUAUCGAGUUUGUUAAAGAAAUUCCAAAAUCUCCGAGCGGAAAAAGUCUGCGUAGAGUGUUCAAGGAUCAGCUGUGACGUUAACAAGUUUAAAGGAUGUUUUAAUGCAUUUGACGUUAUCAAUAACUUAUUGUCUAAUCAAUAUGAAAUUAGCUAGUAUAUUGUUGAACCUCCUGGUUUAAUCUAUUGACAACCAUUCACGACAAAAGAAGUGUAUUAAUGGCCCAGCUCAAGUGCAGUUCUAUACUCGUAAUCUGAAUUCACAACGUACAUUUAGAAAGAAUUUGUUAUAAUGAUAUAGCUUGUACAUGUGUUUCUUGCAUGAUAGACAGGAUUUUCACGUGUUUUUG